AUGACUGUUCAACCUUAUACAUCUGCCUCCAACGAUUUACGUAGUGACACUUUUACUACACCAACCAAAGAAAUGUUUGAAGCCGCAAUGACUUCAAGUGUUGGUGAUGCAGUUUACAAUGAAGACGUUGACACUUGUGCAUUAGAAUCCAAAGUUGCCGCUAUGUUUGGUAAAGAAGCUGGUUUAUUCUGUGUCAGUGGGACCUUAUCCAACCAAAUUGGUAUCAGGACCCAUUUGAUGCAGCCACCAUAUAGUAUUUUGUGUGACUAUAGAACCCAUGUGUACACGCAUGAAGCCGCUGGUUUAGCUAUUUUAAGUCAAACUAUGGUUACUCCGGUCAUUCCCAAUAACGGUAAUUAUUUGACCGUUGAAGAUAUCGAAAAAUGGUAUAUUCCCGAUGAUGGCGAUAUCCAUGCUGCUCCAACUAGGGUUAUUUCUCUAGAAAACACAUUGCAUGGUAUUGUCACUCCAUUAGAUGAACUAAUGAAAAUCAGACAAUUUUGUGACGAACACGAUUUGAGGUUGCAUUGUGACGGUGCUAGAAUUUGGAACGCCGCCGUUGUUUCUCAAGUCGAUCCCCAAGUCUACGGUAAGAUUUUCGACUCUAUCUCAAUUUGUUUGAGUAAAAGUAUGGGUGCUCCAAUUGGUAGUAUUUUAGUUGGGGAGCCUAAGUUCAUCAAAAAGGCUACUCAUUUCAGAAAACAACAAGGUGGUGGUAUUAGACAGAGUGGUGGUAUUUGCAAGAUGGCAUUGGUUGCCAUUCAACCAGGUUGGGAAAAGAAAUUAAAGUAUUCCCACGAAUUGGCUCACGAAUUAGAUUUAUACUGUAAACAAUUGGGUGUUCCAGUGGAAAGUCCUGUGGAUUCCAAUUUCGUCUUUUUGGAUUUACAAAAGGCUUCCAUCAACCCAGACGUCUUGGUUAAGAAGGGUUUGAAGUACAAUGUCAAACUUAUGGGUGGCAGAGUUUCCUUCCAUUAUCAAAUCUCAAGAGAAACUUUGGAAAAUGUUAAAAAGGCUAUCAAAGAAACUUUUGAGUAUGCCAAGGAGCACCCUUACAACCAUCAAGGUCCUACUCAAAUUUAUAGAAGUGAGUCCACCAAUGACAAGGAAAAUAUCAAAACCUUUAAGUAUUAA